AUGGGACGCGGUCACGGAUUUUUCGGGGGAGGGAAGUGGAACUCCUACGGGGAGUACUUCCGAGACAAAAGCCGGAAGAUGCACCAGCAGAUGCAAGAGUCUAUUCACCAACAGAGAGCGUUUCUCAACGAAGGAGCCGCAUCUGACUCUUCUUCUGUGGAACGGAGCAACCUCUCAGCAGAAAGUAGGGGAUCCACAGAAGACAGGACUUCUGAUCAAGGCCCCGGAGGGGGCGACCGAGUUUGCUCAUCCUCGACCAAGAAGGCCGGAAAAGAUUUUUCGAAUACAGGCAAGUCGCCAGUGGGGUUUAUUCCCGGUCUUCACACAUUGCCAUCCUCCUCUUCGCCCUGUGGCGCCGGGGUACGUGCCGGUUAUGAAGAGCAGCCCUACGCUCGACGCGUCCGCGAGAUGCUUCUCAACGAGGGCGCGGAGUCUCAGAGGUGUCUCAAUCGCUCCCUUUUCAAGAACUGCGUUUUCUACGUUGAUGGGGACACGCUGGGCAUGGACGAUAUUUGCUUUAAGAAGUUGCUGAUUCUUCUCGGCGGGCGCAUCUGCAUGCUCUUCGGAAAGGGAUGCACCCAUGUGGUGGCGGAGACGGUCGCCUUGGGAAACCAGAAGUGGCGCCAGCUCCGCGAGCAGGGCGGCGAGGGCCGGAAGUACGUGGUCGUGACGGUGAAGUGGGUCUUCCAGUGUAUCGACAGAAACAAGCUGCUUCCCGCUUCAGAGUUUCGACCCGACGACCUGCAGACGCGGAAGCGAUACGCCGGCAGACCGAUUGACUCGUUCUACACGCGCCUUUCCGAGCGCGCGGCGAAAGACCGGUCUCCGCAUCGCGGGCGACCAGGCGACAACGCGUACCCGCGAGUUGACAAUGGCGACGGGGAGGUUCAGGCCGUGACUGUGGAGAGCGAUGAGUCAGGGGAGGAAGAAGACGCUUCACGACCCGAGGACCGCGGCGACGAAAGAGCUCCGGCAGGCGGAGAAGCGGAGAGCAUCCCCACAGGCGACGCCGACGAUGAAGAUCAGCCGAAGACUCACAUAUUCGGCGUCGAGGCAGAAGACUUCAUAGUCUCUGUCGAUGAUGGGGAUGGUGCCGAAGACCCAACUGGCGCAGGAGAGGAAAAAGAUCUUUUCGAGAGCGCGGGAAGCGCCCUCGAGGCCGCAGGAACUGAAGAAGAGCAAGGCGAAGAGGGAGAUCAGCGCGGAGAUGGAGGACACGCGACGCCCGAACCGGCGCGAAAGAGACAGCAGGCCGGCAUCUCGCCUUGGUCAGAUUCCAGCUCGAGCGCGCCCGCAAGGGGCCUUUCCAGUUUCUCAGCUUCCGAAUCGUCUCUACCGCUUGGCGGGGCUUCAUCCUCCUCCGAGACAGCCCCCCCCUCUUCAGCUCCUUCCUACCCAUCGGCUGCUUAUUCGACUUUUUCUGGCCUCUCGUCCUCCCCUUCGGGAUACCCGUGGUCUCUCACACACGCUCCUGCAGCCGCGGCUCGUUCGGUAGGCGCGCCGUCCGUCGCUUCCUUUUCGUCUUCUGCUUCGCGGCGUCCGCCGGGUGCCCUUCCUCCUUCCUCCGCGGCGUCUGCAUCUUCCGCUCGAAUACCUUUGUCUGCUGCCUCUUCGUCGUCUUCGCUCUGUUCCCGUCCGUCGCCAGCAUUGCCUGCGGAAACGACAGUCAGAAUGGGGAGAUCCGAUCCGAGAGGCGAAUGGCCUCCGCGCAUCCUACGGCCCCAGCACCCUUCGUUUGUCUCUUCUUUUUUCGAGAACUCGCGGCUGAGCUUCAUCGGGCGAUGGCGGACUAGGUGCAUGAACACACUCGCCUCCAUUCUAAAGAACGAGCGCGCCGGCAGCACUCAGGGACAGGUGUCCUACGGGCCUUCCUCUUCCCGCGCCGCGGCGUCGUCUGCCUUGUCACUCGAAGACGCUCGCGGAGCCGCAGGGGUUCUGCUGCCCUUCGCGCUGCCGCUCCUCUGCACGCCGCCCGCUGGGCUCGACGUGGCUGUGUCUGCUGAGGCGGCAGCCGCGCUGCCUUUGCCUCCCCACGCCGCCUCGACGUCUUCGCCACAUGCUGCGUUUUCUGGCGGAGUGCUCGAACGGCUCUUUCUGGCUCAACAGCGGGGCGCGGGCGCGCACUCUGUGAGAGGACCGGACGGACGGGCGGCAAAUGCAACGAGAGAGACAGGGAACCGGACGGCCGAGGAGGGAAGCCGAGGGGGAGAGGAGGGUACACAAGAAGGCACAGCGGACGAAAAGACCGAGAAGGCCGCGCGGCACGUAUUGCCAGAGGCAAACGAGGGUGGCGCGACAAGGAAGAAGCCCCACGGGGGCGAAGGGCGAGGCAGCGAUGUGGCGCCACUGCGUUGGGUUUUGCAUGUCGACUUUGACGCAUUCUUCGUGGCAGUGGCUUUGAAGAAGAAGCCGCACUUGAAAGACUUCCCGGUCGCAGUGGCGCACAGCCGCGGCUCGGGCGCGGGGCGGUCUGGCGCCUCGACGAGCGAAGUCGCCAGCUGCAACUACAUCGCGCGCGCCCAGGGCGUCUACAAGGGACAGUGGCUGGGCGAAGCCAAGGAGAGAUGCCCGGGACUCAUCGCGCUGCCCUACGACUUUGACGGCAUCGAGGAAGCGAGUCAGGGUCUGUUCGCUUGCGUGCUGGAUGUCUCACGGCGAAUUAUUCCCGUCUCGUGCGACGAGACCUACGUGCAGCUGCUUUUCUCACCGCCGACGCGAACGAGCGAUAGCCAGAAAGACCAGGGGACAGAGGGGGACUCCCUCGAGCGAGAAGCCGCCAACCGCGUGUUGCAGAUCUGCGUCCACCUUCGGCAAACCAUUUUUGAGCGAACGGAGUGCUGGGUCUCCAUCGGCGCCGGGCCAAACCUCCUCGCGGCCAAACUCGCCGGACUCCGUGCGAAACCGAAGGCCGCCGCGCCACGCACCAGCCCCUCCUCUGCCUCCCGGCCUUCUUCUCCUUCCUCGCAUGCUUGGUCGUCCAGGUCUUCUGAAAUGGAGGCCGAUGGGGUGUGCGUGGCGCCUGCGGACGGACGCGCCCUCGUCGCGUUUAUGGCGAGUUUGCCUAUUCGCAAACUACCAGGCGUGGGGCCGGUUUUGGGCGACAAGAUUGCCUCCGCCGGCAGCCUGAAGACUUGCGGUCAAAUUGUGAAGCGAAGACUCCAGAGCCUCCGUCUGCUUCAGACGCUUCUCGGCAAGAAGCGCGGCGCCACGCUCUGGUGGAUGGCGCACGGCUUCGAUCCUCGACAUCUGCCGCCAUUUUCGCCUUCCGCGCUCAGGUGUCCGUCUCCGUCUUCGGCCUCGUCUCCAUCGUUCGCGGCCUCCCCUCAUUCUCCGUCGGUUGGUCCGCGACCGCCGGCUGAGCCCCCGUCGUCGCACGCGCCCGGAGGCGGCGACGGAGACGCAGCACUCUCGCUGGCGGCUCCUGAGUGCCCCUCGGCUCGUCGGCGGGGCGGCGACGGCCCCCCAGGCGGACGUGGAGGAGACCCGGCAAGGAGGCUUCGAGGCGCAGAGGACGUCAGCCCGCGAGACCCGGAAGCGUCGUUCUCCACCUCGGACGCGCCGUUUUCCUCGUCGGCGUCCUCUCCGCGCCACGUUUUCUCUUCUCUGUCGGGCGGGGCGGACGAAGGCGAGGAACUCGCGGCGGGUGCGGCCGCAGUCCCGAGCUCGAGGAGUCUCACCGUCAGCGUGAAUUGGGGCGUCCGGUUGAACGAGGAGAGUGAAGUUGUCGACCUGCUCAGACAGCUCGCGGGCGAAGCCCACAAAAGACUGCGAACGCACCAGCUGAUGGUGCCGCGCCUUGGUCUAAAGAUCUACCAUCGUCGGCAGGGCGUUCCCGCCCAGACUGUGAAAUUCCUCGGAGCAGGCGUCUGCGACGUGCUCGCCGGUUACCGCUACUGCUACGAACCCGUCCCGCGAGAGGUGCAGCACGUUUUCGCGGGCCUCAGCCGUUCGCCGUCUGGGACGGCUUCCUCGCCGUCGGCUGCCUCUGUGGGUAGGGGGCUGGUACGCGACGGCCUCUCUAGCGAGGCCGGGAAAACGGAGAGCGUCGGGACAACCGAGGAGGCUGCACUCUCCGGAGAGCAACCCUGGCGUGCGGUGCAAAGCACGCCUGAUGUCUUUCGAGAGCUCUUCGUCCUCUGGUUCACUCAAAUCCGCGGGUUGUGCCUCGUCGAGGACCUGCGUGGCUUCAACGUGCUUCUGAUGAACCUGCGGACCGAGGCGGAGCAAAGCGAACUCGAGGCAGAGGAGUCGGCUCGUGCGCUCCAGCUGCGCCGCCAGCGGCAGAUCAUGGGUCAGUUUCUGUCGCAUGCUGCGUCGCCGUCCGCCGCUUCUUUCCGUUCCUCCGCCUCUCCGGUGGCUUCCGUUCGGCGCCGCAAGGCUCGGCACGCCCAGAUACAGAACAGUGACGACGUUGUCGUCGUCUCCUCGCAGGAGUCGAGUGCAGCGACCUGCGAUGGCGACGAAUCGCACUGGCGGCGGGAGGCGCAAGGCCGCGGAGAGGCGGCCGCAGAAGUUUGCGAAGGCGCAGGCCCCGAACGCGGCGAGGGAGACUUUGGCGAGGCACUGGAGGAAGGCCACCAGGGCGAAGGGACAGCCGAGCAUGCGGGCACGCACGACUCACAAGGCGGCGAGAGGCAUUCAGAUCAGGAGAGCGAGGGAGGAGGCCAGGCGGCGGAACUCGCGGUCCGGAGGGGCCCGGUAGAUCCGAAAACAGAAACGGCAAGAACGCGAUGCUGGGAGGGAGACAAAGCAGGCCAAAGGGCAGACCAAGGACUGGGCCAAGAGGCCGCAGACGCACAAGCUGUCCAAGACGGAGAGGAAGCGAAAUCAGGACGGGGAGGUGAGGAGAGGCAGGAGAGCACAAAACGCAUGAACAACUUGCAGACUGUAGAGGAUGACGAUGCGUCUGGUCGUCUUGCUGUGCAGGCGGACAACUCGCUCGCCUCGCAGGAGCCGAAGACCGUGUCUCCGCUGCGCAGACGAUCUGCACUCUUCUCCUCGCCGACCUUCGCGUCGCCUCCUCGCGCGUUAUCGGCCUCCCGCAGUGCUGCGUCGCCCGCGAUCCAGUCUUCGGCUUCCUCGUCGGCUCCGCCAGGGCCUUCGUCUGGUUGCGCUCUCGCGUGCGGCUCAGAGGCGCCCGCCGCGUCGCUGGCACACGAGGGCGGAGGCGCAGCCCGCACGCGCAUGGAGGACUCGGCGCGUUGGGCUUUGAUGCCCCAGGGCCGCGGCUCCACAGGCAACGGAAGCGGAGGCCGAAGCGCAGGGAACGGGCGAGCACCGCAGAAGAAAGGAGAGCGGGGCAGGCCGCGUGCGUCGGAGUCAGAGUCUCUUGAGAGGUUUUUCUCUCCUGCGCUUCGGCAAUCCACGCCGACACGCCAGGACGCGCUUCAGACGCUCCGCAUGCCGGCUGAAUUGAUGCAGAAUACAAGCUCCAGCGUUUUAACGCACGCGACUUCUCGUCGUUCCCUGUCCACCGCCACCACUCCGGCUACGCUUGUUCUGUCGCCCUUUAGCCGCAGAGUCAGCAGCGGUGCCUCCGAGCUGAGAAGGCAGGGAGAGAGGGAGGGGAGCCCAGACAGAAGCGCGGACGUGCAGGGCAGAAGAAGUCCUGUCGAGUUCGGCAACGGCAUCUUCGUGGGUUCGCGGACCCCGGCAAGAAGCCCUGCUUCAAGCGACCCGGAGCAGCGAAGGCGCAGCGGGCGCGACGGCCAGCGCGACACGAAGACGCAGCAGAGGAGGAGGACAGAAGGCGCCCUAAAACAGCAGCUGCUCCUUCCCGACUUGCUGAAGGACCCGCGCGAAUCAGCUGUUUGCCGCAGGAAAAGGCGUUCGGUCUUGUUUCGCGAAGUCAUCUCGCUCCUGAACGACGAGGAGUCUUCAGAACGCUCUGCGGAGUCGGACGUGGCAGAAAGUCCUGCAUACCGUCCCCGGCAAGGGGACACCUCUCUGGCGCUCCAAAGAGACAACGGAGACACUUCCGAGAGUCGAGGCGAGGUGCUGGCGCCGCCUUCGAAGGCCGACGGGAGCACUCCGAUGCACGCGCUGGACGCUGUGCAGACACACGCGGGUGACGAGGAAAGAAGCAGCACGGAGCGGGACGCUAGAGAAACGACUGAAGAACGUCGAGGGGCAGAGACGGAACUUGGAAGCGACCGAAGGCAGUGCGAGAUGCACACCGCGGCUGUCGCUGUGAGCCAAGCGCCGCACGCGGGAGACAGCGAGGACGACGCAGAGGCGUGCGCAGAGCCUGAGGGAAUGGGAGCUGAGAUGCAGGGACUGUGUGACGACGAUACGCGCGAAGGCCAACGAAAGAGAAAGGGAGACGAGAUUGCCAAAAGUGCGCUGAAAAGGCGAGCUGCGGAGGGAGGAGACAAAACGGAGAAAGACGCGCAGGGGAGUGACGCGAGCGCCUACUGGGGCGUAGGACAAGGCGACGACGUUGGUAUGUUUCUCUCUGCCAGGAAAGAGACGGAUCGCGAGGCUAGAACAGACACCGUUGUGGCGUGCGGACCUGAGAACCGCCGCGAUGAUGAUGACGUUACGAGUCUAGCAGAUCACCAUCUUUCCCCUCAAGGCCCCGUUGGUAUGCCACUGCGUUGCGCCGCCACUUCAGACGCCUCCAGCAUUCCGGCGGGCGCAGCGGGCUCCGGUCCCCCCUUCCUGCCGAAACCCGCGGAUGCUGCCGACGCGUCGUCGGCCUCUUGUCUCGCUCCCGCAGCCGUGGCGCGUCCUCCUCCGUCUGCUCAGGACCACGAGACGCGGGAGGCAGUGAAGAGAGAACGGCAGACUCGCGACGGCGAAGCCGACUUUGCACGUUUCCGGCGCAUUCUCGUCCGCGCCGCGCGGAGUCUCGACGACCUCUGGAGAGACGCAGGCGAAGCCGAAGGCGCCCCGGGGGCUGUGGGUCUGCCGGGAAACAAACUGGCGCUCUCGAGGCUCGCCGGUGAGGUCCUCGUGGUGGGGUUUCUGUACGCGGCUCAAGCGGCCUCCGCGUGCCUGGUGGUGGGCGAGAAGGUGACACCAGAGACACGGGGGGCGACGACGAGAGGCGCCUACUUGGACCGAGAAGGACUGAGAGGAAAUGAAGCGGCCGUUGCAGAUCAACGUCUCCAGGGAAGCUCCACGCGGAAGACAGACGCGGUCCGCCCAGACGUGAGUCUCGGCGACGAGGGUAACCGGACCUCCUUUGCUCUCCGCCCCGCGUUUGUGUCGUCUCCCGGCGUGCAGUGGCGCGCGGCGUUUAUCCGGGGCUUCGACCGCGGUGUGGCGUCGUGUCGCACGCUCUUUCUCUUGCGGCUCUCGGAGCGCCGCUUCUCGUCUGCGUACGCUGUGAAGUUCGGUGCGUCUCGCCUCUCCACGUUUCUCUCUCGGGCGCUGUCGCGGCGCGCAGGCCAGUCAGCAGCCCUCUCGCAGGCGGCCAAAGGGGCAGUCAGGGCGAUGGAGCUGGUUGAAGCCGAGUUGGCGGAAAGCCAACGGGAGGUGCGUGGCGGCGACGGAGGAGCGGACUCGGCUCCAGGGAGGGAUUCAGGACAGGUCAAGGCUGUUGCACACAACGCAGAAGAGCAGCGCGCAAACAGCGGCGAGAGUCCCUUUUUUGCCGAUAGUGGCUUGCGUGGAAACGCGCUCCAUUCGGGACAGACUAGACGAGCAGAGGAAGCUGGGGCGACGCGCACGAGGACCGGAGAGCGGCGAGGAGACUGCGUGGAUCAGGAGGACACAGAUGCACGCCUGCUACCUGUGGGGAAACGAGAAAACGCCGAGACUGGACUCGAGGAGGACGGCGGAGGAAACGGAUCUCAGAGGGCAAAGUUGAUUUGGGAACUCACUAGGGAGCUGCUGCGCUUCUUCGCUGGACCACGAAAGGAGGGGGCGGUAGUGAACGCGCACCGAAAGGGAGGAACCCGCACAGAGCAACAGACCGCCCGGGCUCUUGGAGGUGAGGACGCGGGAGGUGACAGAGAAGAAGCGGAGAACGAUGAUCUAAGUAGCGAGAGGGCGCAAGAGCUGGAGGCGUUGGCGGGACUGUUGCCUUCUCGCGUGGACUGCUUCUUCGGCUUUACCCGUGCGUGA